AUGGAGCUGCUUUCUCUAUUUUGCUUGCUGACGGAGCAUGAUGCUCUACAUCGCCUGUUCCUAGAGCUGGAGCAGGAGCAGGAGCAGGAGCAGGAGCUUGCAUUGGAGCAGGAGCUUGCAUUGGAGCAGGAGCUUGAGCUGGAGAAGAUGGAGCUGGAGCUGGAGCUUGAGCAGGAGCUUGCAUUGGAGCAGGAGCUUGAGCUGAAGACCCUGCUUUCUCUAUUUUGCUUGCUGACGGAGCAUGAUGCUCUACAUCGCCUGUUUCUGAAGCAGGAGCUGGAGCUUGAGCUGGAGCUAGAGCUAGAGCUUGAGCUAGAGCUGGAGCAGGAGGUGGAGCUGGAGCUUGAGCUAGAGCUGAAGACGCUGCUUUCUCUACUCUGUUUGCUGACGGAGCAUGAUGCUCUACAUCGCCUGUUCCUAGAGCUUGCAUUGGAGCAGGAGCAGGAGCAGGAGCAGGAGCUUGCAUUGGAGCAGGAGCUGGAGCUGGAGCUUGAGCUGGAGCUUGCACUGAAGCUGGAGGAGCUGGAGAAGAUGGAGCUGCUUUCUCUAUUUUGCUUGCUGACGGUGCAAGCUGGUCCUGUGUGCCUCCUGUUGUCGGUGCUGGUGCUGCAGGAGAAAGUGGAGCAGCUGCUGGUGCUGUUGCCGGUGCUAGUGCUGGUGCUGGUGCUGGUGCUGCAGGAGAAAGUGGUGCUGGUGCUGGUGCUGGCGGAGCUUGCCCUGGUCCUGGAGCCUGGGGUGGCGGUUGCACUGGAUAUUCUUGUCUGCCUCCUGGUGGUUGUCGCGGUGGUUGUUGUGGUGCUAGAGCUGCGGCUGAAUUCGCUUCCCUGA